UCGCGGUCGCGGCGAGUGGUGUGCCGCGGAUCGACGCGGGUAGUGCUGCCGCGAUGACCGUGCCGUUCUUCUCCCCCCUGUACCGGCGUAUCAUCGCCUUCUGGGACCCCAAGGUGCCGGCCAGGCUGAGACCCCUCUGGGAGCAUCCAUGUGGACCUAAAACAGUCUUCUUCUGGUCACCACUGCAAAAAUGGUGUCUGGUGCUGGCCGGCCUCUCAGACACCCUGACCAGACCUGCCGAGAAGAUGAGCGUUAGCCAGGCCGGGUCCCUGGCCUGCACUGGAUACAUUUGGGCCAGGUACUCGCUGGUCAUCAUUCCAAAGAACUGGAGCCUCUUCGCCGUCAAUUUCUUCGUCGGGCUCUCCGGUACAUUCCAACUGGCCAAAGUGUUGAGGUAUCAAAUGUCCCUGAAAGAGCAAGAGCAAAAGGACUCAGCGGCUGUUGUUCCAGCAUAAGCCCAUAUUGCGUCCCCGGAGUGUCAACGGAAGGCUAAUGUCAAAUGUCGCGAACUCGGUUUGUGCAAUAUGUCAGGUGCAUACGUGUUUUUUUUUUUUAAACAAUGUUGGCAAUGCCACAGCGCAACAAUGAAAUAUGGGUAAUAAAUCUCGGUCUAACCUAA